GCCAAGUGUGCAGCGAGUCUGCUUCUGGCCUGGAACGACUCGGGAAGGCGAGGGAGGAGCAAGAGGAGGCAGGCCUCCACCUGAGACGCUGGGUUUGGACCGUCUCGGCCUCGUGGUACUCGGCCUUUCAGCCCCCCACCCCACCGCAUGUGGCUCGUGGAGAAAGCUGGCUACCAGGUGGGGGCCGCGGAGCCCAGGCCCCGGUGGGCGCCCUCCGGCCUGUUUCCUAAGCGCCGCACCCCGUGCCCGCUGGCUCGCGCCUGCCCCAACGUCCUCACCCCCGAUCGCAUUCCGCAGUUCUUCAUCCCGCCUCGGCUCCCCGACCCAGGCGGCGCCGAACCCCUCAGCGGGCGCCGCGUGGGCGGGCGCGGCCUCCCCGCGGCCUGUUGGCUGCCGCACCUGGCGGGCCGCGAAGGCUGGGCCUUCCUGCCCGAGAGUCCGCACACGCGCCGGCGCGAGUCCCUGUUCCACUCGCCGCCGCCCGCCCCCGCCGGGGGGCUGCCCCCCGCGCAGUCCAGGCUGCACGUCUCCUCCCCGGACCUGCGCCUCUGCCGGGCCCCCGGCAGCGACGCGGCCUCGUCGCCCGACUCGUCGCCCUUUGGCUCGCCGCGGCCAGGCCCCGACCGGCCCCGGCCGCCCAGGCCGCGCCCGCUGUCCCCGGAGGAGGCGGGCUCGGCCGACACCAGCCCGUACGCGCCGCGCCGAGCGGGGCCGCCCAGGCCGCCGCUCUUCCACCUCGACUUCUUGUGCCGCCAGCUGCGGCCGGCCAAGGAGAGCGUGCUGCGCCUCGAGCCCCUGGGCGGGCAGCUGCGGCUCUCCGCCGAGUACCAGGCCUGGCCCGGGCGGCUGCGGCUGCGCCUGGUGAGCGCCGAGGGGCUGCCCGGGUCGCCGGCCGGCCCCGGGAGCGGCGGCGGCGGCUGCUGCGUGGUGCUGAGGCUGCGGCCGCGCGCCCGGGCGCGGGGCCAGCGGAGCCGCGUGGUCAAAUGCAGCGCCAACCCCAUCUUCAAUGAGGACUUUUUCUUCGACGGGCUCGGCCCGCCAGACCUGGCCGCCCACAGUCUGAGGGCCAAGGUGCUGGACAGGGGAGCAGGCUUCCGCAGGGACGUGCUGCUGGGGGAGUGUGAGACGCCCCUGAUUGCCCUGCUGCCCCCCAUGCGUGAUGGACCAGGUCCCGGAGCCUCCCUGGCGCCUGCCCAUCUCAGCCUGUAGCCUGAGAGACUGUCUCUUCCUCAGGAG